AUGUCAUUCACCAAGACCUCUCUCAAACACCUUGCAGCCCGUGUUGUCAUCUCCCCUCCACCCGUCACUCUCUUCGAGUCCACCGCAGUCCUGAAGCGACUUCAAUCGUUCGGUCCUGUGACAUCUUUUGCCAAAGCAUCCCCUAAGGUCGGCAGCAUCGCCCGUCCGAAUGACACUGAGGAAGGAGAAGUACACGUCGUCUUCUCAUCACCAGAUACGGUCCAGAAAGCCUGCGAUGCCAGUCCCUUCAUCGUCAACGCAAACCUUGAUGACCUCGAUCCUCACGUUAGCGAUCCCUACAAUGUGCGGAACCUCCAGUCGCGAAAGAAGCCCAAGCCCACGGCCAUGACAUGCCGUGUUCAGCCCCACGAGCAGGAUGGACUCUUACCGUCUGGACAAAACGUCCUCUCUGGCGGCUUCUCCCCGAGCAACAAGACCAGGUUGUAUCAGAGCCUCCUUGAUGUCAAGCCUCCACCCAAUAUCAUCGAUGGAUUAGGUGUAUUGGAGACAGACCGAUCAGACGUCCUGUCGACUUCUCAAUUCACAGAGACACCUCCCAACCUGACCACGAUGUUUCGGUCUUCU